UCAAGAGUUUCAGAAGUCGCGCAGAUCACAGAUCAACACGGAUUCUCUCAGCGUGAAAGGAAAUUAUUAAGGAAAUUAUUUAGGAAAUAUUUUGCUUGUACAUGAUAAGCAGCAGUGUUCAUCAUUAGUUCCUCCGCAUGUGACACAAGAAUGCAACUGUCACUGAUCGUGUUUGUCGCGUCCAUAGAUUGGUUGUCAACGUGCAUUCCUGCUCCACCGGUGGCUCCGGAGAGGAAAUGUGCGUUCCUGGCUAGCCCACGGAAUACUGAGACGGCCCGGAGCGCCGGGAAUGUGAGUGGAGGUGUCCAGCACUGCGCGCGGACUAACUGCUGCAUGGGCUUCUUCCAGCUCGAGCACGGGCAGGCCAGGCCGGAUCUCUUGGGCUGUAGUGCAGUGGGAACAUCCUGUCCAGAAUCAUCAUGCCAUGCCUCAAAACCUACUCAAAACUAUGUAAGAUGCUUGUGCAGCUCAGACUAUUGCAACUUAAACAUCACGUGGAAUGACCAAGCCAAGCAAAGUCAACCUUCACAUGCUUCAGAUCUGCUGAGUGCCAUCUGCUUUAUUACUUUUGCUGGAGCUCUGAUUACUGUGCUAUCUCUCAUAACCUCAGUGAAAUGGAAAUUCCUCAAAGACUGCAAAUCUGUACGACCACCCCACACAUGUGACAUCCAGAAGGAAGCUGAUAUUGACCUGGCAAACAUCGAAUUGCAAAAGGUAGUGGCGUAUGGGCAUUUUGCAUGUGUGUGGCAGGGAUUCUUCCAGGGAUCAUUAGUUGCCCUAAAGGUGUUUCCUGCAACACUGAGGCAAGCGUUUAUUAAGGAGAAGGAUGUGUACCUUCUGCAUUCUAUGACUCAUUCUGGAAUUGCACAGUUUCUUGGAGCAGGGAGAAUGGGGAAGGAGUUUGUGCUGGUUUUGGAACUGGCAACCCAAGGGUCUCUGAAUAAAUUCCUCUCCACAAAUGUGUGUAACUGGGCAUCUACAUUAAAACUGGUACAGACUCUAGCACAAGGACUGGCCUAUCUCCACUCUGACUUUAACAAAAAUGGUGUGUAUAAACCAGUGAUAGCUCACUGUGAUUUGAGUAGUAGUAAUGUUCUGGUGAAGGCAGAUGGUUCUUGUGCUCUGUGUGACUUUGGUUGCUCCAUGGUGCUCCAGUGCUCCAGAACCCAUCGAGCACUACAGGGCCAUUCUGACAGAACAGAGGUUUUUCCUACUCCAACACAGGGUGGGAUUCAGAUGGGGACUCUCCAUUACAUGUCACCAGAAAUCCUGGAGGGCUGUGUGAAUCUGAGCAGUGGUCGGUGUUUGCUACAGGGGGAUGUCUACUCUUUGGGCUUGCUGCUUUGGGAGCUGCUUGUGUGUUGCUCAGACCUCCGCACAGAUUCUAUUGUCCCAGUACACGUGCUGCCAUAUGAAGCUGAACUAGGACCCAGUCCCUCCCUUGAAGAUCUUCUAAGUUUGGUGUCGGAGCAAAGGGUUCGGCCAACUAUACCACUAUACUGGGACACUCACUGCCAGGGAUUCUCUGUGCAGGAACUGCUUGAAGAUUGCUGGGACCACGAUCCAGAUGCAAGACUGACGGCACAGUGCACUGCAGAUAGAUUAGCUUCUUUACCUGCUGAGCUAGUUCUAGGAAAAGCUACAUUUGAUGCCUAGUUUUAGUCGUAAAACACCUUUGUAGAUAGAAGGUGGAUAUUUCAGUGUUUGCAGUAUAAUCAUACAUGUGCUACCCACUUAUACACAACUACUUUGCACCUACAUUCAGUGAUUUAUGAAAUCUAUUAGAUGGGUUUAACUAAUAGAUUGAUGACUGCAGUUCAAUUCAAAAUUUAAUUCGUAAAGCACUUUUUACAAUGAGCUGGCACAAAGUAGUUUUACAAGAAUCAUGCAUACAGAGAAUAUGGGUUCAUGCCCAUAAUGAGCACGUCAAAGAGAUUGUGUCAAAGAAACUU